AUGCCUUCAUUGUCAUUGUACACCCCAUUCGAAUCCCUCUUAUUCUUACAGUCUCUUGCGGGCCUUGAAAAACGUCCGGAGAGCUUCCUGUCUAUUUCGGAUGCUCUGAAAAACCACCCAUACAUCCGGCAGGAUCCAAAUUUUGACCUUAGCCGGUUGACUCCACAGGCACUGGAGGAGCUAUAUGCUAGUUUAAUAAAAGGGAAAGAAGGAGAUUUACUGGGUAUAAAGAGCUUAGAAUACCAGCAAGUUCCUAGCGCACAGCAAGAUGGACCGGGCACAUCCCCAAACAAGAAACGAAAGGUCACGCCGUCGGGAGAUGGAGCUCCAAAUCCGACUGUGAUAUCGGGCCUUGUUUCGCGACUAUAUGCGCGUUUCAAGGAAUUGGUUACAAAAGAAAUCCAAGAUGAAGAGCAAAGAUACAAAGAUAUUACGAAUGAAAUCAGAAGAAUACAUCAGGAACAAACAGCGCCCGUACCGAUCCCUACUGCAACGGGUGUGCCACUCGCACCGCGACCGACAUCUGCGCAUACAUCAGCCGAAACGCAACGUAAUACUCCGCUUUCACAGGGAUCUAGCAACGAGCCAAGAAUUGCCCAAGAUGCGAAUCGACCACAACAGCCAAAUGCAGAAAAAUAUGUGCCAGUUCCUAUUGCCGCGGUUGACCCUGCCCGUCAACAUAUUGCUGCUACGCCCGCUGCUACUCAAUACCGAUUCGAAAAUAAGACCCCGCAAUCCAUGCAGCCCUAUCGAAUUACUCAGCCAAUGAGCCAGUCAACUCCUGUCGCCCCUGUUAAUAUCCAGCCAGCGCCAAAUAUAGCCGCACACAAUCUUCAGGCGCCUUCUUUCCCCACUAGUUCAUCAGGAAGCCACAUUGCUCCCGCAUUUCAGAAUAUUCCCAAAGCGCCAACCCAGCCGGUGGCACCUCAAGGUGUUUCUGCCGGAGGUGUACGGACGUCCCCUCCGAAACCUGCUAUGCAAGGGAGAAUGAUUCAGCCAUGGUCAAUUCACUCUCUUCCACAACAGCCACAGGCCCCAAAAUUACCGUCUUACCUUAACACAGUGCAGCAAACAUCAUCAACUCCAGGAAGAUCACAUCAGGUCUUGCAACAACCAUCUAAUGGCGACAAGAUUCCAAGCCCAUUACUUCAAACUCCCCAGACUGCCACACUUCUGAAAGGCCAGACUAGGGGUAGUGUUCGUAAUACACCAAAACUAGCAGUCGAAAUCAGAAACCCAUUGAAUAUAACCCCCGGCCCAUUGAGGUCAGAUGCCGGAAAGCCCACUCUGGAACGUCGGUCGACGAUGCCACCACUGUACACCGCACGAUCCCGCACGCCAUGGAAAAAGUUAGGUAUGCUAGAAAUUCCGAAACAUCCUGGGUCUCCUGUUCGCCCACGGCCGGAGGAUAUAAGCCCUAUCAGCGAUACAGAACUAUCGCCGAUGGAAGGAACAAUGAGCUCGUCCGGUACAGCUCAAGGCACAGGAAUGCUCAAGCCAGAUAUGGACUUUCUGGCCACUAGCACUCGAAGUCGGAAGCUUACUCCUGCUUUGCGAAAAGGCCGGAGCCACAGUCCCCUUUCACCCACUGCUAUCCAAUCUAGGCGACGUGGAAGGUCGAAUGCCUCGCUCGUCGAUGAGAUGGAGGGUGGCACUGUCAAGAAGGAAUUGCCCACAACACCUAUAGGCACAGAAGACGUGGAUACGGAUAGGCGAAGUGCUAGCAGACUAACGCGUUCCACCAUCAAUUUACCUGAUGAGAAGACUAGGAAGCGAAAACGGACGCCUGCUGGAGCAGAAGCCACAGCGACAGAAGAACCCCAAGUCUCUGCACAGCAUGUCAUCUACACACGAAAUUUCCCACGAACCUCCGCGCCUAUUAUGCAUGAUAUAGCUGCUCAUAAACAUGCAUCUAUUUUUGCUAAACCCCUGACAGAGCGGGAUGCGCCGGGGUAUAAAGACCUGAUUUAUCGACCACAGGACAUCAAGUCAAUCAAAUCUUCAAUCCAUCAGGGAAGUAGAGCUGUGGCAGCCGUACUAGAGGCACUGAAUGCCUCGGAAGGCGACGUACCUGGAACGCCGAAAAGUAACGGAUUAAUAUUGAAAAGAACAGCGGAGUUGAUACCACCCAAAGCGAUAGUCAAUUCAUCCCAGCUAGAAAAAGAGCUAAUCCGCAUGUUCGCGAAUGCCGUCAUGUUCAAUCCAACGCCAGAGGAUACAAUUGGACGUAGGUUUCCAAUGCGCAGCGAUUUUGCUUCUCGAGACGAAAGUGAAGCGUCUGAGCCAGAGGAAGGGGGCAUUCUAAACGACACCAUGGAAAUAUAUGAAGAUGUUGAAAGGGCUAUCUCGACGUGGCGCGCGGCAGAGAGAGCUGUUGAUGAUAUUGGAAGCAAGACUGCUACAUCCACUCUGAGGGCAACGACUGUUGAGGGUGGCGUCGAGGGUGUGGAUGAUGUCAAGUAA